UACCGUGGUUGAAAUGAUCAACAAAGAAAGUAAAACUCCCCAAUCCAUUCAGGGUCAAUAGUUCUCAAAUAUUGAAGUUGACGGUUACCUAACUUGUCAACAUGCGAGGUCAAGCGUGUUGUGUGUCUGACAAGGCAGUUUGUCAGAACUAAAAACAGGGGGAGGUCCCCUCAUGAUCAGUGUCGACAUGUCCACCACCACUCAUGCUGAUUUCAAUUUAACACGACACCAUGCCAUUCUGUGAAACCCCUAAAGGUUGUGUGAAAUUUCCUCAUUCCACCCUGUAAAUUCUUUUGAACUAUGAUGUCAUUCUGCAACCGCGUUAUAUGUUGAACCCAUGAAUGUCACGAGACCGUUAACGUUGCUACUUCGCAAAAAUUGUUGUUGUUACAUCAUACCCGUAGGACGACUUACUAUUGCGCAACUGAUUCAAUACAUUGCUAUAGCGAUACGCGCAGCCGGCCGGUAGAUGCGGAAGUAGCCUAUUCAGUGUUUCGUACUUCAACAGUAAAGACUUGGUAGGUACGGACGUUAACCUAGGGCCUGGUCACAUUUGUCUCCGGACAGUACUAGUCUUGCAGAAUUUAGCUGUCUUUAAUAUAGAUUCUUGUCGGUGGGUUCUGUCACAGCCAGCUUGAAAAUAAUACAACAUCAAAAUCGAAGGACGCGCCAACGUUGCAGCUGGACAGGAAAACGUCUAGACCUACUACUACUCCCAUCGCUUGCAUGGUCGUCUUUUUUUCUACAAGGUCGCCGCACAAUGGAGAGAACCACCCAGACCCCCCGACAGCAGCGCAGGUUGACGCUAUGUUUCGGCUGGGAAGUUUCUGUCACAGUAGCCAACGUCAUCUUUGCCUUCCUUAAUGUAGCUGGGCAGGUGACACAGAACAUCUCCCUGCCCCUGUGGAUAGACGCCGCCACCCCAGGCGGGCCCAACACCACGGCAAACGGCACGGCGCAAAACGACACGUCGGCACCUCACAUCGUCCCCUACUUUGUCUUCUCCUUCGCCAGCUUCUCCUUUGUCGUUAUCUUCGGCACGUGUCUAGCAGGAGCUUUCCUCCUGGGACACAUCACAGAGACGGACCUGAAGUUCCCCCACACCCUGCUGUUCCUAGUGGGGCUGUUCGACGCCUUGAACGGAGUGUUGGUAGUGAACGCGUCCAGCGGCACCAGGACGGCUCCGUACCUACAGGCCAUCCUCGGCAACUUCACCAUCCCCAUCACAAUAUUGCUCAGACUCCUGAUUCUGCGGAAGAAGCCCACAGCGCGGAAGUUCACCUGCUCCAUGCUGGUCCUGGUGUCCCUCUUCAUCUGCCUCCUACCGAAGAUGAUCCCGGCCCUGGGCGCCGACACGGCACCGGGAGCCAAAGGGGCCGCCGGCGCGCUGUGGCCGCUCUGCUUCAUGAUCGGCUUCGUGCCGGCGGCUGUGAUGAACGUGAUUGAGGAGAAGGUGAUGAAGAUGACGCCGGGAGCACGCCGGGAGCAGAUCAGCCUCAUCUGGUUCCUCUUCUGGGAGUCCGUGUACCAGUUCUUGUGCGCAGCCGCGCUCUUCUGGACCGACAUCAUCCCCGGAUUCGGUAACAGCGCAGACAUCCACGACUUCGGGGAAAACGUUGCUUUUGGGUUUCUCUGCUUCUUCGGAGGGCGGGGCUGCACCAGUCAACCCGGCUCCAGAGGAACCCUCUUCAUCCUGGGGUACGCCGUCAGCUACAUCGGCGGGGGACUGUUACUGCGGCACGCGGAGGGCGCCACGCUGCUCGCCCUGGUCACGUCCCUUGUGACACCGCUAGGGUUCCUCUUCUGGACCCUGUUUGAAGAGGACCCGUUCCACUUCCACUUCAACACCGGCAACGCCACCUGGUUCUCUCUAGGCGGACUGGUCCUUAUGGUCCCCGCCAUCUUCUUCUACAACACAGGACCAUCAGAACGCUCCAUCGAUGUCAGCACACAGAAGACGGACCCAGAGAGGGCACCUCUUAUCUCCUCACAUGUCCAAUAUACUACUUAACCUAGAGGGGAGAAAAGAAAGUUGCACUCAUAGCCUUCAUUCUAAAAAGUCUUCAAUGCGCCACGAUAGCAUAUAUCAGUAUCCAUAUUGAAAAUCCACCUCGGUAGGCAAGAACACAUAAAGUUCAAGUGCGGGUAUUCCAUUCUGUGAGCAAGUCAUGAUACCUUGAUGGGAUCUAAAUCGGUCAGCACAGGAGUGCCACCUCGCAGGUUGCUGUAAAACUACAGGGGCGAUUCCCGAUGACGUGAUCAGCACCAAGGACAUAACCCAUGUCUAUUCUUCGUGGAUAUCUAUGUUGCCUUAUACAAAUUAUAACACUAUUAACAGUAGCUACAUUUACAUACAUUAGUUUGCUCGCGGCUAACAAUAUUGCAUUACUUUAAGGCUGGGAGUGAAAGAAAAAUAUUUGACCCCAACCCAUCAUGCACAGCUUCUCGAGUUGUACAUAUACACUGCCCACUGCAGCUUUCAGGAAAAGACCAGGUAAACCAUUUUUAAACUUCACCUUUGUUUUUUAAACAGGUACUCACAUACUAAAUACCAAAAAAUGAAGCCUCUUAUUUAAAAUCUUCAAAUUUUAUUACACCAGAUGUGACGCAUGACCCAUGCUAGGCAUGCUGUGAAAAUAACUUUGUACGUUUCCAACACUCUUACUGUAAAACAAUGUCAUCUCCAUCAGAACUUUCAAAGAAAGUGUAAACAACAAAACAAAAUAUUGAUAUGAUAGCAAAGAACACUGUGUACUUGAAUGAAUGUAACAUCAAAAAUUAAUAUUGCUGACAUAUCAAUUCUGACCAGUAUUUCCUUGAAUACUUUCAUGUUGGUACUGAAU